CAGUGCACAAGUAGUCACUUCUGUAUACGAAACUCCAGCCAAAAUGAAUUCUGUUCUCUCCAGAGAUAGCCAAAUUCAAAUCAUGGAAAGCACAGUCAAUAACGCUGACAAGUACCUGGGACUGCUCUGUGUAUCGCUGGCUUCCUACACGCGUAAAACAGCGAAAUUAAGAGACAAGGGAGACUCGGUAGUUAAGCAGCUGAUUGACUUUGCCAACACAGAGAAUCCAGAGCUCAGAACAUGCUUGAAGAAUUUUGCUGAAGAUUUAGCAAAGAUACAAGAUUAUAUGCAUGCAAAGGUGGAGAGAUUAGAAACCAGAGUUGUCAGACCUCUUAAAACGUACGGAGAUAUUAUCAAACAUAAAAAGGCAGAUAUAAAGAAGUUCAAUUCAGUUCGAAACCGAGAGAUCAAAGAACUGGAAAAACUGGAGAAGCACAGACAGAAAUACCCGUCGGACAGACAAGGGAUUUCCCAGGCUGAAUCCAACGCCCUUAAAGCUACAGUUGAUUCAAACCGCACCACACGCCAACUUGAAGAAACUAUCAACGAUUUCCAGAAGCAAAAACUAUCAGACAUCAAGAAAUUUGUGUCUGAAUUUAUAACCAUUGAAAUGUUGUUUCAUGCAAAAGUUCUGGAAAUCUAUUCCAGUGCCUUUCAAAACUGGGAAAAUCUCGAUAUCGAGAAAGAUUUGCAGGUGUACAAUUCAAGGAUACAUAUUGAUGAUGGCAGUCUUAAUGAUCAAACAUCAGGCCUUGACAAAACAGGCCCAGCAGGAUUUACACUGCAGAACCCAAACUCAACACUUCAGAGCAAUUUAAAUACUUUACAAAGCAAACAGCAAACAAUGGACACAUACGAGUCUGAAGAGGAUGAUGAUGACGACGAUGAUGCAAGUGAAGAAGAAUAUGCACAAAUCAGAAGAUAGGUGUUGGAUUCCAAUGCUUUUGUAUCAAUAAGUCACAUCUUGUAAUUUUAUGUCAUACAAAGUUUUUCUUUUAUUAAUUUCUACCUAUUCUGCACUUUCUGUUGUUUGCGUAAUAAUUACUAUAAACCAUUCAUGUUUUUUUGUUCUCUUAACAUUCUUUUUUUGUAUAAGCCCUUUAGAAACAUAACCGGCACAGGCGAGUCCUGCGGUAUGUCCCUAUGUAGCCCGUCACACUUGCCUUAUACUCUUGCUCCCGACGGCCUGUCACGACUGCAGUGAAGUGACAUUGUCUGUGUCCAUCAGUGAUGCCCAAAUGGGCCACAAGGUGCAAAGUGAAAUAUUUGGGUUUAUGAUCAGAUACAAAUUUCAGAUUGGGGGAAUAAA